GCGGCCCUGAGGGGAGCGGCGGCGCCUCCAGCUCCGGCACCUCCCGGGAGAGGUGGGGGGGGGGGAAAAAAGGAGAAAAAAAAAUAAAAAUAAUAUACCGGGAGGAGCAGAGAGCUCGCUGGGGGGGGGGUUAGGCUGCCGGCAGCGGCACCAUGUCGGCGGGAGGCGACUUCGGGAACCCGCUGCGGAAAUUCAAGCUGGUCUUCCUGGGCGAGCAGAGCGUGGGGAAGACUUCCUUGAUCACCAGGUUCAUGUACGACAGCUUUGACAACACCUACCAGGCAACAAUUGGCAUCGACUUCUUAUCGAAAACCAUGUAUUUGGAGGAUCGAACAAUCAGGUUGCAGCUGUGGGAUACUGCGGGUCAGGAACGUUUCCGUAGCCUCAUUCCCAGUUACAUCCGUGACUCUGCUGCUGCUGUAGUAGUUUACGAUAUCACAAAUGUAAACUCGUUCCAGCAAACAACAAAAUGGAUCGAUGAUGUCAGAACGGAAAGGGGCAGCGAUGUCAUCAUCAUGCUGGUGGGAAAUAAAACAGAUCUAGCAGAUAAGAGACAAGUGUCCAUCGAGGAAGGAGAAAGAAAAGCCAAAGAGCUGAAUGUAAUGUUCAUCGAAACUAGUGCAAAAGCAGGAUACAACGUAAAACAGCUUUUCCGACGCGUGGCAGCUGCCCUGCCUGGCAUGGAAAGCACACAAGACAAAAGUAGAGAAGACAUGAUCGACAUCAAACUGGAAAAGCCUCAAGAGCAGCCUGUCAGUGAAGGAGGCUGCUCCUGCUAAUACCACGUGGCUUCUCCCCUUUUCUCCAGAACAUCACAGCUUCCCCUCCCUUUACUCUUCAUUGACUGCAGUGUGAAUAUUGGCUUGAACCUUCCCCUUUCAGUAAUAACGUAUCGCAGUUCAUCAUCGCUGGCUGUCUCGUGGAGAUGAUCUAUUAGCUUCACAAGCACACACACACACACCCCCACACCAAGAAAAUGUCAGUGUCUUCAUUUAUUUAUAAGAAAAAAAGAAAAAAAAAGCCAAAAUAUUCCAGCGUAUUCUAGUUAUAACUUGAAAAAAAAAAAGAGAAAAAAAACGAAAAAAAAAAAACAAGAAUAGGUACAAUUUCUUAAUAUUUGUUCCUUUUUUUAAUAUGUUAACGAGAUUGCACUUUGAAACGGUGGGAACCCAGGAAGUUUUGAAUUAGACGAGCAGUAGGUGCGGGAGAAAACGCUUGCAAAACCUCAAAAACACCCGGCGAGGGCCAGGCAGCAGGCGGAGGGUGAAGCAAACGCUGGCCUUAACCCGUAAUAAAAGACGACGACAACGAAAAACAAGCUCUAAAAUCCUUCGAGGUAGUCCGAGGGGGUUUCCAAAACCCCAGAGCUUUUUUUUGGGGGGGGGUUUGAGAGCAGGACGGGCUGCCGGGAGCUUUUAGUUCUGGCCGAGGCGAGGCGAGCGCGGUGGCGAGGCGGCGUCCCGCAGGGGGUGGCCGGCUUGCGAAGGGUUUUUUUUUGGUUAUUUUUGGUGAGGGGGGGGAAAGGUGGAAAGCGAAACACUUGCAGGAAACAAAAGAAAAGAGGCUUGGAGUGCAAGAUGAGGUUUUUUUAUUUUAUUUUUUUUUUAAAGAGCAUUUUUUUCCUUUUAGGUAGAGCCACCCACCAAACGGUGACUGCCCGCCGGGUGGGAGCGGAGCGGGGCAGCCGCGGCGGGGGGAGAAGGAGUUUGCUGCUUUUUGAGUUUUCUUUUUUUAAAAAAUAAAGGGGGAAAAAAAAAAACCUUACCCCAGGACUGGGGGGCCGCCGCCGAGCCCUGCCUGGGGCCCUUUUCUUUUGGCAGAGGGACGCGGAGCGGCGCCAGGCCAGGCGGGGACGGGGAGAGAGGGGCGGCAAAAGGGGGCUUGGGCCACGCAGAAACGUAGCUGGAAGAGCGUAGAGGGAAAGGAAAGGAGUUGUAGGAUGGAAACCAACUUACGAUUAUGCAGAUUAAUGCCUUGAUUUUUUUUUUUUAGCUUUUUUUUGUUUUUUUUUUACGUUCCGUCUUCCGAGUUGGGUUUAGUUUUUUUUCACUAGAGCUGUAUAGUUUGGGUGAAUAACGAGUAAUUUAGUUUCCUAUUUAACUAGGCUUACGAUUAACCGGUUUUCUUCGAUAUUUAUUUCCUUGCUUAAUUUUUUUUUUUUACGAUUUCCAGUAUAUAUAUAUAUUUUUUUCCCUUUCGUUGCUGAGGAAUCCGUGUAGAGCUUCGCUGGCGUUGCGCGAUGUAGCUACCCGAUGAAACACAGAGAAGCGAGCACACUCGAAGUGCACCCUUUUAACCUUUACUAGUCAUUGUGAAGUUGCUGUGUAAGUUCCUAAACACAACUUGUAAAUACCUUGUUUGCUGGGCGAGUACGGCUGGGUCGCAGUGCAGGAAGGAAUUGGGCGAGCCUGGCUUGCGAUUGCCGCUCCGGGAACAAUUGCAAGCGAAUAUUCAGGCUCCUCCUUCGUUCCCUUCUUGCCCCUCUACCACCUAAAAUUACCAACCGGGGAAGGGAAGGGAAUCGUCCUCAUCAGUUUUCACCGGGAAACGGGCACGGGAAGCUUUUUGGAGUUCUUCAUUCCCGAGACGAACGCCAGGCGCGUGCCCUGCCCUGGGUGUAGAGCAGCUCUGCACACCGAUAAGCGAAAGGCAGAAGGAGAUGUGGAAGUGCUUUUCUUUUUGACGUGGCAUGUCUUGAAAUAAACAUCGACGAUAUGUGACCAAGGAUCAUUCUUUAUUUAAAAAGAAACUCUCGAGGGGAAGGAAACCUGGCUACUUUUCCUGUAUUGUACUGUUCCUAACUGUGCGAAAACCAUCCAUCAUCUCGCUGCUUUUUUUUCACGUUGGUCCUUCCAUUGCUUUCCACGACCACUUCCAUUUUUUCUUUUUUUGGGCUCUGGCCUAACCCAAACCCGACGUUUCCUCGCAGCUCUGAGCUUUAAGCACUGGCUUUGCAGGGCGCUGCCUCGGGGAUGUGGGUUUUGGUGAUCAGGUUCGGGAGGCAUCCCCGUUACCACCCUCGAGCAAAACCCUCACAGGGGUUGCACCCAACACCACAGGGACCAAAUUUUUGGUCCCCGAGGUCUGCUCAGGACCUCCAGGUGCGUUUCAAUUUUGCUGGUCCUGCAGCCGGUGCUUAAGGCGACAGCGGGGCUCCCUCCUGCCCUUCUCCUUCCCAAAAUAAAACCUCUCCCAGGGGAGCGCAGGAGCAGCAGUCUGCAACUUGCUUGCGCCCUGAUGCCUCCUGCCAUCUGUCUCUUCAUUUUUUAUUUUUUUUUUGGCUUCUGAUUUGAUUUUUGCUCCAUCAGCAUGGCCGGUAGGGACCAUGGGACCAGGCUUCUUUUGCGACGACUUUGUUUAAAAAAAAAAAACACAAAACAAACAAAAAAAAAACAGCGAAGGUUUCUGCUCUGUUUCUUUUCUCCUCCCCGCUCUGGCUUGAUUGUUGUACAGUCCAUCCUGCGGCUCCCCAUCCCUCACUUUUUGUCUUGAAUCCGAGUAAGUGGAAGAAAUUUGUUCUAAAGGGGAAAAACAAAAACAAAAAAAAAAAAAAGGUUCCUUUUCUUCAUGUCGGAAUGUCACUGGUACCUCAGCUCUGUUUGAUAAUAUGAAACGACGACGAAAUCCUUAGCGCUUGAACUAAAUAAAUCCCUGUCUCAUUGGAAA